AUGCAGCUCUGGUUAUUGGCGGCGGUUUUUCCAGCAUGGACGGUUGCGACUCAGCAAGAUGUGUUUUUGUGGCCAGUACCGCAGUCUGUCCAAUCAGGACAAGUGGAACUGAACCUUGCUACCUCGUUUCACAUUGACGGUCCUUCCCUAGAUGGACUGCAACAAGCUAUCGAUCGUUACACUCUACUCAUCACGCGUGAACGCUGGAUACCGGUGCAAGUGGGAUUUCCAAACGUUACACAGAACCCCACAGUUGCUUCGCAGUCCCUUGAGUCCCUUCAAAUCUUUGUCAGCGACCCUUCGGCCGAUUUAGGAUUAGGUGUCAAUGAGUCCUACACGCUCCAUAUUCCCACGGAACAUACUCAGGCUACUUUACAUGCUGCCACCGUUUGGGGUGCUAUGCACGGUUUGGAAACAUUUUCCCAAUUGGUGCAAGCCAGAGUCCACCGUGAGCAAGACCAAAAAGUUUCUACUGAGAAAGAUGCAGACGGUCUGUUUGAGGAUACACUGAUCCCAAACAUCAUGUUACAUACACUUCCCGCGGAAGAACAGUCGGAAGACUGGGAGGGUUUGUUCAUCCCUAAAGCACCCUGGACAAUCGUUGACCGACCACGAUUCAGUCAUCGAGGCUUGAUGCUCGACACCUCCAGAAAUUUCUACUCCGUAUUCCAUUGGCAUAUCACCGAUUCACACAGCUUCCCAAUCCAACUAGAGGAGGUUCCCGAGUUGGCCAACCGUGGUGCUUACACACUUCACGGGAAACAGCUCGUCUACACUCAAGCCGAUGUUGCCAACAUUGUACGUUAUGCUCGUCUUAGAGGCAUUCGUGUCAUUCCAGAAAUUGAUAUGCCUGCGCAUACAGGUUCCUGGGGAGAGGCCCACAAAGACAUUACGACCUGUACGGAGAAAUUUUAUCUCAGUCCAAGCGGGGAUUGGAAAGAUCGCUAUGCGGCCGAACCAGGCUCGGGUCAAUUAAAUCCCGUCAAAGAGAAAACGUAUACCAUUGUUGAAAAGGUGAUCCGCAAUGUGGCCCAACUGUUUCCUGAUGCUUACUACCACGGUGGUGGCGAUGAACCAGUGGACAACUGUUGGCUGGAAGACCCCACCAUUCGCGAUUAUCUGAAACAACACAACGCAACCACAACCGAUCUGCUGAAAAUGUUUUUAAACAAAGAAUUGGAGUACAUCCGCCAAUCAAACAAGACAGCCGUGUUGUGGGAAGAUCCGGUGACCAACUUAAAUCUGGAGAUUCCUAAGAACGUUGUCUUACAGUCGUGGACUAAUCCUGUGCAAUUGGCUGCCAAACGCGGAUACAAAGUCAUUGCAGCCCACUCCAGUUUUUGGUAUUUGGAUUGCGGACACGGCGGUUGGGGAGGUAAUGAUCACAGCUACGAUGAGCAGGUGUCUCCCAAAAUCCCGAAACCACUUCAGGCCCAACUCGAGAAAUUCCAAGUGGAAGACAAUUACCGUCCUCCAAAUUGGGGAGGUUCAGGCGGCGACUGGUGCAGUCCCUUCAAAUCCUGGCAACGCGUGUACAGCUAUGACCCGACUUUCAAUUUGACCAAGGAAGAAGCACAGAAUGUUCUUGGCGGUGAAGUAGCCCUUUGGUCAGAACAAUCCGAUGAAACCGUUCUCGAUGCUCGCUUAUGGCCGCGAACCGCUGCUGCUGCUGAAGUCCUGUGGUCCGGUCGAUUCGAUGCAACCAACGUGCAGCGCAAUGUAGGCGAUGCUAUGCCCCGAAUGUUUGAUUGGCGUUAUCGUCUGUUGAGGCGCGGAAUUCGAGCGGAGCCUUUGCAACCAUUAUGGUGGUAA